AAAAUUGAUUGGCCAUAAAUAAAUGAUGUAAGCAAAAUAUACUGCAAGACAUCUCGAUCUACAUUAAAAUCAUUACAAAGCAGGUGCAUCGAAUACAUUGUACAUUUCUACUGUUUACAUGAUCCUGCAACCUAUAAGAUAUGUAUCUACUCUCUCUGUCAAAUAGGAAGUUCUAAACAAUAGAUGAAUAAUUGAUGGAUACUGCACUAAUGCAAUAUUAAUACAUAUACAUUUUCUUUCUCUUUUUCUCAGCUAUAAAAGAAGUAAUUUCGAGUAAAAUGGUCUCCUCCAUAAGGAGGACAAUUUAACUGCAAUUGUCUCAUAUUUACACCUUGGACAAUGCGAUCAAGGAUAGAAUAUAAUAACAAUUUCCGUAAUUAUACUGUGUAAGAAAAUAAUAUAUAUCAUAUAAUAUAUCAUUGCAAAUCAGCAAAACACGUUCCAAAUGUCUUUGUGAGACGAGUGUUAUUCCCGAUUACGUCGAGCUUUGUCGUUGUCCGAAACAAUGAACGGCGUGAUUUGGAGUAAAAUGCAGAAGACUUUUGUACCAAUUUCCAGCGUGCCGAUAUUUGCCAUGCUGCAACAAGAACGUCUUAAACAAAGCCGAGCACUGGAAACCCACAAUUUCCAAUUGCGCAACUUGACUCUAACAUCCUUCCAGGAUCCGCAUUUCCUCGAAUUUUACGAUAACGAUACGAAAGUUACAGGACUUUGCGGUGAAUUGUGGAUUCUUCUUUCUGAAAAAUUGAAUUUUACAUUGCAGCCAAUAAGAUCAAAUGAAACUAGCCUGGGCGCAUCAUCAAAAAACAGUACCGUUUUUGAGCAAGGAUUACUAAGUAUAAUUUCGCGCAAUGAAACUAUUGCGAUUCCAAAAGUCGAAACUUACAGUGUUCGAAAUAUAGCUGUUGAUUUUACAAUACCUUUAUGGAUGAACAGCCACCGAUUUUAUAUUCAACAUGAGAUAAUACACGACAGCACAUGGAUGGCAAAAGUGUUCUCCUGGGAAAUAUGGUGCUUUAUAUUGGUUAUGUGUCUAUUAUUGAGCGUAUCCAGUUUUUGGUCACAAAUUAUUCUUGCACGGAUCGGAAAUAAUUGCAGACGCUCGACCAUUAGCGAUCAUAUUUUUUACACUUUUGGAAUGAUCUGUAAUCAAAGCUAUAUUCCCGAUGUUCUUGUUGGAAGAUCAAGAAUAUAUGAAGUAUCGCUGGGCCUGUUUUGUUCUAUAUUGUCGAUGGCAUUUGGAGCUUUGUUAUUCCUUUAUAUAGCAAAAAGGAUUAACGUUAUACCGCCAUUCAAUAAUCUAGAGUCUCUGCUGACCGAUACUUCAUAUGACGUUGUUAUUUUGAAAGGUUCUAUUGGAGAUAUAGCGUUUAAGGUAAGCCCUAACAAACCUUAUGCACUGGUAAGAACUGCAAAACGCGUCGUCGUUGCAUCAACAGUCGAAGAAAUGUUUAAAUUGGCAUGUAUAAAAGGUAAAAAGAAGUAUACCGCACUCCAAGGUGAAGACGAGUAUAAAGCAAGAGGUCAAAUUGGAUGUGAGGUGAUUCCAGUUGGAGAAUCUUACUUCAAAAUGUGGGUAGCUUCCGGCAUUGCGAAGAAUUUUAAGUACAAAAGGACCAUCGACCUCGGGAUACUCAGAUUAAAAGAAGUUGGAUUGUGGGAUGCGUUAGUAGAUCGUUGGUUAAUGGAGAAAAGUGAACGUCAUAAUAAUGCCAACGUAGAAGCGAUUGGGAUAGAUCAAGUUUCUUUAGUAAUUUUAAUGAUGUGCUGUGGAAUGAUAACAGCUUUUAUUAUUUUCAUGAUUGAAAAAAUUGUAUAUGCUUAUCAACGCAGGCUAUCGUAACUUUUUACUAAUGCUAUCAAAAAUAUUUUAAUUAUGUAAUUUUACUUUAUUUGCUUCAAAGAUUUAUCUGCCAGCAGUUAUUUAACUCACGUUUG